GAGGACAGCAGCGAUUGAAGUGACAGCUGGGAGAAGGCAGUGGUCCUUGGAGCCAUAUCUGGUAGGGAGAGGCCACGUGCAGCUGAGCAAAGAGGGUAGGAUUUCCCUCCAGCCCCAGAGCUGGGCACACCUGCCUUCAGAGCUUCCCCACGCUGGGCGAGCCAGGCCCCGGCGCUGGCCUUAUCUCAUUUACUGUCUCAGAACCACCUGAAGAGGGAGAAGGGAACCCGGCCCUAGGAGGGAGAGAGUCAUCAAAGCCCCCACAUCUGUGACCAGCCUCAGUGCCAUACUUUUUCUAUGGGGGUCCUGUUCAAUGGAACUGAGCACGAACCAGAUAAAAGAACGGGGCACCCAGUGGCCUCAUUCCAGGGCCUGGAGUCCAAACUUGACUGGAAACAAAGGAGCCGACAGAGACUAGGGAGGGAACUGCCAGAAAGGAGCUGGUACCCCCAUGGGGCUGUGGGUUUUGGAGCCUGGUGCCCCCACCUGAGCCUCAGGGGGCCUGGAGUGUCCACCCCAGUGGACCUUUCGAGAAAUGGCUAGGCCAUUGUGCAGAAGAAUGCCCGGAAAUCCCGCACCUCCCUCCUCCAGCAAGGAUGGGGGCUCUUCCUCCUGGCCAGGAAACUCCAAGUUGGCUUCCGGAGGCUGGCCUGGGGGCUGGGGUGCCAGGGACACCAUUGCCACUGGUGGGAGGGCAGGGCACAGCCCCUCUGUGUCCCUUUGUCUCUCCUGUCUGAACGCCAGAGCAGGCUGCUAGGCCCGGGGCCACCACUGCCCUUGGGUGCACACCCAGUGUGCUGGGUCACUGGGACUUCCUGAAGUGGUGUCACCUGAGCUGGGAACCCAAGGAUGGGGUGCGGGCAAUACUGCAGAAAGAGGAGCAGCCCCAGUGAAGAUUGAGAGGUCUGGGAAGCCCCUGCGGCUUGGGAGAGUGGGAGUCGCCAGGCAGGGGAAAGCCCCUAUUGCCACCACUUUGUUCCAGAGACUCAGGCUCCAGAGAGGCAGUGAGUGGUGUGGGGGGUGAUGCUGGGGCUCUGGGUUUGACCUCCACUUGACUGCCUGGCGUCUGUUUGCCAUGGGGUGGGAGAAAGAGUGCCGGGACUCAGAGCGGGGCUGGAGAGUGAGAGUGCUGGAAAGGGCCUGGGUGGGGCUUGGACUCCGGCGUGGGCUUUCUGGAGAGCCCCCUACGCAGGCCUCUUCAGCAGUGAUGGGGUGGGGGGGCUCCUGCAAACCUUGGUCAGGGAGCGGAGUGGACCCCAGUGGAAGAGACUAUCGGGCUCAGUAGGGGAUGUGGGGGUGAAUCGGGUGGUGCGGGCUGGGGGUCAAGUGCCUUCUGAAGUGACGGAGCCGGGACACGCAGGGAGGCGGCCUAAGAAGCCCACCACAGAAUGCGCUCGGCCGCUACUAGGACAACACGGGGGGCGGCGGCCGGGCGGGGAGCUGUCCCGCGCCCUCAGCUACCCCCAAACGCCGUUGUUUCCCUAACUUUAGCUGCCAGGGGCUCUGUGAUUGGCUGCAGGACGGCGGCCUGCACACGGAUUGGCUGCUUCGGGCCAGGGGGCCGGGCCCGGGGGACAGAAUCCGCCCCCGAACCUUCAAAGAGGGUACCUCCCGGCCUGAGCCGGCAGACCGAGGAGGUGCGAUUGACCGGCGGGGCAAGCGGGCUGGGGCCGGGAGCCGGGAGCGCGGGCGUAAAGGCACCAGGGCCCGCCCAGGGCGCCGUGCCACACAUUGGGAAUUCUGGGGGACGUCGGGCGCGCAUCUCGCCUCUAGCCAUGGGGUCGGCAGCUUUGGAGAUCCUGGGCCUGGUGCUGUGCCUGGUGGGCUGGGGGGGUCUGAUCCUGGCGUGCGGGCUGCCAAUGUGGCAGGUGACCGCCUUCCUGGACCACAACAUCGUGACGGCGCAGACCACCUGGAAGGGGCUGUGGAUGUCGUGCGUGGUGCAGAGCACGGGGCACAUGCAGUGCAAGGUGUACGACUCGGUGUUAGCUCUGAGCACCGAGGUGCAGGCGGCGCGGGCACUCACCGUGGGCGCCGUGCUGCUGGCGUUCGUUGCGCUCUUCGUGACCCUGGCGGGCGCGCAGUGCACCACCUGCGUGGCCCCAGGCCCCGCCAAGGCGCGUGUGGCGCUCACGGGCGGCGUGCUCUACCUGCUCUGUGGGCUGCUGGCGCUCGUGCCGCUCUGCUGGUUCGCCAACAUUGUCGUCCGCGAAUUCUACGACCCGACUGUACCCGUGUCGCAGAAGUACGAGCUGGGUGCAGCGUUGUACAUCGGCUGGGCAGCCACUGCGCUGCUCAUGUUAGGCGGCGGCCUCUUGUGUUGCGGCGCCUGGGUCUGCACCGGCCGUCCUGACUUCAGCUUCCCUGUGAAGUAUUCCGCGCCGCGGCGGCCCACGGCUACCGGCGAUUACGACAAGAAGAAUUACGUCUGAGGGCACUAGGCAUGGCGGGGCCCUCCUGCCAGCCACGCCUGCGAUGUACUGGAUGAGCCUGGGGAGCCCCACAGGGACCACGGCUUCUGCUGGGUCGCACCUCCUGCAGGCUCCGCGGAACGUCCGGCUCUGCACCCAGACGCAGCUCCUGGCCUGCCUGCACCCGCAGCCGGCCCUCUCCUGCCACCAGCCGAGCCCUACCUUGAACAGAUGGACUUAGACAGUUUCCUUUUCUGUUUGCGGCGGUUUCCAUAGGCAGAGCCGGUGUAAGACUGAGGAUGCCACUUUCCGCCGAAGACGCUGGGGGUCUUGGCUGCUGCCUUACUUCCUAGAGGCUCCUGCUGACUUCAGAGGGGCGGAUGGAGAGCCCAGGGCCCCCACCAGAGAGAUUUGUACAGCUGGUCUUUACCCCACUGGCGGGGCCUGAGGCCAGGACCAGUGACUUGGCCAGGACCUCCCGGUCUCACUCAUCAUUUCCCCAGGCAAGGCUUGUGGGCACCGGAGCUUGAGAGCAGGGGGGAGUGGGAAGGCUAAAAAUCUGCUUAGUAAAUAAUUUGAACUCUC